AUGCCUCCAUCAGGAAGUCAGGCACCUGCAUCCAAUACAGAGCAGAUUGUGAGCAAUGACCCUGAACAAGUCGAAGGUGAAGGAAACGGAGAAUUAUACCAGAAUCCAACAGUUGAGGAAAUUGCUGCUCAAUUAGGUGAUUUUGAGUACGGAGCUCCCAAUAAUGAAGAUGGAGAGCAUCGAAAUGCUGGUGCAUUAUGAGAAUUCAGGCCUACAGUUUUCUUUGAGAACGGGUCAAGAUAUGAUGGAGAAUGGAAUACCCAGACCAACCAAAGAGAUGGGCGAGGAGUUCAAAUCUGGGCAGACGGUAGUAAAUAUGAAGGAUAUUGGAAAAAUGAUAAAGCCAAUGGUCGAGGAAGACUUAUCCAUGCAGAUGGAGAUGUUUAUGAAGGGGAAUGGAUGGAUGACAAGUCUCAAGGCUAUGGUGUCUACCUUCAUUCAGAUGGAGCUCAAUACCAAGGAGACUGGGUUGAAGACAAACAAGAAGGAUACGGAAUUGAAGUAUGGCCAGACAACGCAAAAUAUGAGGGAACAUAUAAAGACGGUAUGAAAGAAGGUAAAGGAGUAUUCACUUGGGCUGAUGGUUCAAAAUACACUGGAGAUUUUCAUAACAACAAUAUCCACGGAAAAGGAAUCUAUGAAUGGGCAGAUGGGAGAAAAUAUGAUGGGGAGUGGGAAAGCAAUAAAAUGCAUGGAGAAGGAGUAUUUGAGUGGAGAGACGGCAGAAAAUACGAAGGCAGCUAUAUCAACGACAAGAAGGAAGGAUACGGGAUUUUUACUUGGCCUGAUAAGAGACAAUAUAGAGGUAAUUGGGUAAAUGGCAAACAACAUGGCAGAGGCAUUUUCAUUAAUGAGAAUGGAUCAAAACAGGAAGGUAUUUGGGAAAACGGCAAAAAGAAAUAA